GCUUAAGGCUCUGCGGCCACAGUCCUCGUCCUCAAGAGACAUAGGUCCAGCACCAUGAAGGGCUUCCUCUUUGCUGGUAUCAUCGUCAUGCUCACGGUUGCAGCUGUAGAAUCCUUGAGUUGUGUGCAGUGUAAUUCGUUGACAGACCCCUGUGUUGACAGAAAUGCCACUGAGUGUCCUGCAAAUGCCAGUAUCAGCUGUACCACUUUCUUGACGAACUUUUCUCUAGGAGAACACAUCACAUCGUAUGAGGAUAAGGCCUGCUCUGCGGAUAAUUGCAGCGAGGGCGUGGUCGAGACCUUCAGAGUCCACGUAUCUGCUAAUGAAAGCUUCCAUUUUGCAAGCCAGUGUUGCCAAGGAAAGGCGUGCAAUGACACUAAUGACACCAUAGAUCCCCCACAGGAAGAGGUGUCCAGCAACACAGAGUGCCUUGCAUGUUAUGGAUCUAAUAAAACUUCCUGUAACGGGGCAACCCAGAAAUGUUAUAAAGAAGAAAGAUGUGUCAAUCUAAUCGCAGAAUUUAAGAAUGAGACGAAGCUCGUGCUGAAAGGCUGCUCCAAGGUCAGCAACUCCACCUGUGAGUUCCUGGCUACUGGAAAUCGGACGGUUGGAGGAGUCACUUUCCUAAAGUUUCAGUGUGGAGACAGCUCCGUUGCCUCCUCAACACCCACUCCCACUACCCAGACCACCCAUGACACUGGUUCUAAAGUCUUCUCCACACCCUUGACCCUUGCCAGCCUUCUCCUGUUGUUGUUGCUGCUCUGAGAUCUGCACCCUCACACCCUCCCCUCCCUGUGUAACUGCUCAGUGAGUAGCAGUAGCGGUCACAGCCUUCCAGGUAAUGCCCUGUGAUAGCCACAUUAUUCUUUAUUAUUAAAGCAUUGGUUCACUCAAUGACCAAAUCUGUCCUGAUAUG